CCGAUGAUGAUCAGCUGUGACCUUUGACCCCUCACCUGCAGACUCACCUGCCCUGUCCACCUGAGAGGGGGGGGCGGGGCCCGAGGAGCUGACGCCAUGGCAACCACCUCCUCCCUGCUUAGCAGAGGUCUGGGUCUGGUUCUGGUGGAGUUCCAGUAUGAGUACCAGGGCCGGGACGGCGCGCUGGUCUCCAUCAAACCCAACGAGCGCUACGUGCUGCUGGCCAAGAGCAACGACCACUGGUGGCAGGUGCAGAGCGACCACGACCGCGGCUCCAAGCCCUUCUACAUCCCCGCCAAGUACGUCAAGGAGCUGCCGCCGGACGUCCCCUCACCGCUGGACUUCCACCCACCCAGUCCCAGUCCCGACCCGGUGCUGCUUCCUGCAGCCGCGCCGGUGCCGGUCCCCGUUCCCGUUCCCGUUCCAAAGACUCUGGACCAAG